UGUGCAGUUUUGAAACAUAAAUAAAACAAAGAAGCCGGGCGCGUCGCAAAAAUACUUAGUAACACAACUGCAGGGUCAUUAAAGUCAAACGCAAGCCAUUAAUUAAAUAUGCGUUUAGCCAGCUGCGCAUUCUAUUUACUGAGCUGUCUCACCUUUGGCCUUUGUCUGGUCAACAGCAGCAGCAGCGACAGCGAAGUAAAUGGCGCUCCUUUGCCCGUUGUGCUGUGGCACGGCAUGGGCGACACUUGUUGUUUUCCCUUCAGCCUGGGCUCCAUCAAGAAGCUGAUCGAAGAGCACACCAACGGCACCUAUGUGCGUUCGCUGAAGAUUGGCGGCAAUCUGGUGCUCGACUAUGAGAGCGGCUUCUUUAUACAUCCCAACAAGCAGGUGGACUAUGUGUGCAAGCAGCUGGCGCAGGACGAAAAACUCACCGAUGGCUACAAUGCCAUUGGCUUCUCCCAGGGCGGACAGUUUCUACGCGCUUUGGCCCAACGUUGUCCUUCGCCGCCGAUGCGCACGCUUAUCAGCCUAGGUGGCCAGCAUCAGGGCAUCUUUGGACUGCCCAAGUGCCCCACGCUGAAGCAGAGUAGCUGCGAGUACAUCACCAAGCUGCUCAACUAUGCCGCCUACGAGGAUUGGGUGCAACAGCAGCUGGUGCAGGCGACGUAUUGGCAUGAUCCGCUGCAUGAGACCAGCUACAGGCUGAAGAGCACCUUCCUGGCGGACAUCAACAACGAACUGUAUGUGAACGAACGUUACUCCGAGAAUCUCAACAAGCUGAAGAGGCUUGUCUUGGUCAAAUUCCUCAAUGACACCAUCGUGCAGCCAAAGGAGUCGCAAUGGUUUCAGUUCUAUGAGCCUGGCCAGGAUCAACACAUUCAGCCGCUGAAUCAGAGCAAAGUGUACGAGAAUCUUGGUUUGGCUUUGUUGGAGCAGCGAAAGCGACUGCACUUGCUCAGUGUGGAGGGCGAUCAUCUGGCCAUAUCGAAGGAUUGGUUCGUCAAGCAUCUGGUGCCAAUGCUUUUGGAUUGAGAAGCCACACAGCGAACAAAGAGCUUUACUAGCAAUGUAUAAAUAUAGCCGAUUUACGCACGAUAUGUAAUAUACAGAUAUAUAUAUAUAUAUGUACUUAUAUAUACAGUUAUACAUGUGUAAUUUGUAAUUUCCAUA